UCAGGGCGCGUGAGUAAGGCGGGUAGUCGGCGCUGCAUUUUUUUUGUGGGUUUGUUGGUACUUCCUCGCCGUGUGUUCUGCAGAACCGACUACAACUUUCAGAUUAAUAUGUCCCCUGAAAUUGCCUUGAACAGAGUCUCGCCAUCACUUUCUCCCUUGAUUUCCAAUGUGGUGAGAAAUGGAAAAGUAGGAUUAGAUGCAACUAACUGUUUAAGGAUUACAGAUCUGAAAUCUGGCUGCACAUCCCUGACUCUUGGGCCCAGCUGCGAUCGCUUUAAGUUGCAUAUUCCAUAUGCCGGAGAAACAUUGAAAUGGGAUAUAAUUUUUAAUGCACACUAUCCAGAAUUACCACCGGACUUCAUCUUUGGAGAAGAUGCUGAAUUCCUGCCUGAUCCUUCGGCCUUACAUAACCUGGCAUCAUGGAACCCCUCGAACCCAGAAUGCCUCCUGCUUGUGGUAAAAGAACUUGUGCAACAGUAUCAUCAGUUCCAGUGCAGCAGAUUACGUGAGAGCUCUCGCCUCAUGUUUGAAUAUCAAACAUUACUUGAAGAACCUCAAUAUGGAGAGAACAUGGAAAUUUACGCUGGCAAAAAGAACAACUGGACUGGUGAAUUUUCAGCUCGUUUUCUUCUGAAGUUGCCAGUGGACUUCAGCAACAUCCCCACUUACCUCCUCAAGGAUGCAAAUGAAGACCCUGGGGAAGAUGUCGCUCUUCUUUCAGUGAGCUUUGAGGACACUGAAGCUACUCAGGUUUUCCCCAAAUUAUAUCUGUCUCCACGAAUUGAACAUGCUCUUGGAGGAUCUUCUGCCCUUCACAUCCCUGCUUUUCCAGGUGGAGGCUGCCUCAUUGACUAUGUGCCCCAAGUAUGCCAGCUGCUAACUAAUAAGGUACAGUAUGUUAUUCAGGGUUACCAUAAGAGAAGAGAGUAUAUUGCAGCAUUUCUUAGUCACUUUGGAACUGGUGUGGUAGAGUAUGAUGCUGAAGGUUUUACAAAGCUCACCUUGUUGUUGAUGUGGAAAGACUUUUGCUUCCUUGUUCACAUUGACCUGCCACUGUACUUUCCUCGGGACCAGCCCACUUUAACAUUUCAAUCUGUCUAUCACUUCACUAACAGUGGAGAACUCUAUUCUCAGGCACAAAAAAACUAUCCUUACAGUCCACGAUGGGAUGGCAAUGAGAUGGCCAAAAGAGCAAAGGCUUAUUUCAAAACAUUUGUUCCUCAGUUCCAGGAGGCAGCUUUUGCCAAUGGAAAGCUUUAGAAGGGGGAAAACAACAACCUUAGCCUGAGAGGAUGCCAGAUUCUUAUGUCCACAUGCCUGUCAACAGACUGCAAGAUGACCUCCUGGAAGUGGUUUGGGCUUCAGUCUUCACUGGUGUAUUUUGACUCUGGAGCCUCCUUGUGAGCACCACAGACUGAACUUACUGUGUCUGUGUAUAUAUAAAUGAGGACUUUGCUUGGCUCAGUUUUUUAUGUUUUCUUUGGUUCAUUUUUCCUACAUGCAAGCACAUUUCUAGUCUACCUACUUAACUGAAAUUAAACAUGUAUUGAAUGUAUUGAUGUGAUUUUUUUUCUGUGAUGCCUUCUUUCUAAAGAUUUUUUUUCCAUAUACCAUUGUUUAAGAUGAUUCUGUGAAAUUUUGCAUGCCAGAAUUGCAAUCUUUUGGCAUAUUAGCUGAACAGCGUCUAUUAAACAAAGCACUGCUAUUUUCUGCCUUUGCAAAUAUCUUCCACUCAAAAUUUAUGCCCAGAUGAAUACAGUCAGCAAUUGCCAGAAAAGUGGGCUUGAUCACAACACAGUUUUAGUACCUCUAGUCAGAUGUCUUCCAUGUUGCAAAAAUCAGCUUUGUACUGCUGCAGCUUUCAGUACAAGAUUUGUCAGGAGCCUGCUGGUUACCAUCCAGUGAUGUUAAAAAUAAAAUACCUUCCAUUGGAACAUCAAA